GUGUGAUGCUCCGGUGGCACGCCGCCGAGCCAUGGGGCUCACAAAAUCCCGUUCGUGGCGCCUCCACGGCGACGAACUGAUCGAGCUGGUGGAGUGCACGGGACUAAAUCCAAGCAUCCUACGGCGAUGGCACCGCGAGUUCCUCAAGGACUUUCCCCGGGGAUUCUUCACGCGGGAAGAAAUGAAGCAUGUAUUCGGAUCAAUGUUUCCCGACGGCUACCCGAACGCCUUCAUGGACAUAAUAUUUAACGCUAUGGACAAGCGACGAAUAGGAUACGUGACGUUCCGCGACUUCGUGAAGACGAUAGCAAUUACGGUGAGCGGGACGGCGGACGACAAGCUCAACUGGGCGUUCGACGUGUUCGACCAGAAGGGCGACGGCUUCGUCACCCUGGACGAAAUGAUCAACGUGGUCGAGGCCCUGUGGCAGCUGCACGGCGAGUCGCCCGAGAUGGAGGACCACAAGCUGCACUACAUCCGGCGACGUACGCGCCAGAUAUUCCGGCGGCUGGACGUCAAGAAUGAUGGACGCAUCAGCCGCGACCAGUUCCGUGAGGUCCUCAAGCAGGACCACUGGAUCGUCAAGAACGUGCUGCACGUCUACUCGUCCGCCGUGGGCGCCUUCUCCAGGGUCGUCCAGUCCAACUGA